AUGAGAGACUUAAAGCCAGAGGAGGAAAAGGAGGUUCUCAAGAAGCUUAGGUUCUUCAUCGGCGACAAUGUCCACAGGAUUCUUUCUGGAGAAGACAGGCUUUUUCUGCACAACCAGCGUGUUAUGAUUCUUUCUGAAAGGAUGAGGGCAGCAACAUCUAUGAUAUCCAGGAAGAACCUCGGCAUGGUCGGAACAGUGAUAGGCAAGUUCACUAAGAGCGGGAGUUUCAGGCUGGGAGUAGCGUCCUUGAAUCUCCUCUCCCGGUGGGCAAUACAUAAGGUCUGGAUCAAGAAUAGUGCAGAGAUGAACUAUGUCUAUGGAAACAACGCAUUGAAAUCCCACGUAUUCCGGAUCUCAGAGGGAAUUCCCAUAAACUCGGGUGUCUUUGUGUUCAAUCAGCACGACGUUCCUCUAGGGUUUGGAAUUACUGCCCUGUCUCCACAGGGAUAUUCUGCUGCAAAGGGGCAUGCGCUUGCUAUACUGAGACAGUCAGACACGGGAGAGUAUGUUCGAAACGAGGCGAGGGUGUGA